UACCUCUUUGAAAUCUCCUCACACUCCUGCGGUUGUCCAGGUUGCUGGCAGAUUAGCGGCCUUCCAUAGGUGCCGCCAGGCCCCAUAUCGACCAUGGGCCCCCGUACCUCCUGGUCACGCUGCUGCUGAGCCCACAGUGUGACCUGGGUCCCUGUACGGCCUCCCAUUGCUUCCACUCUGCCAUGUGCCACUUUGAAAUCUCCUCACACUCCUGCGGUUGUCCAUUUUGUCCUGGGUCCCUGUACCGCCUCCCAUUGCUCCCACUCUGCCAUGUGCCACUUUCAGGUCUCCUCACGCUCCUGCUG